GUGGCUGCGCUUCAUUCGCACCAGGCGUUACGUACGCGUAUUUCUCGUAUCUCUAGAUCUCGUGUGCGGUGCCGCGGUGUGUGCGUUUUCGAUAAAAACUGAUAAAUCGCGGGUUCUCGUGCAGUACAAGAAACUAUCGGAUGAAUUAUCGAUAAAAAAAAAUUAUCGUGUCGCCGAAUAUAUCGCGUGUUUGCCGCCUGGUCGCGCGCGAAUUGUUGCAUCCUCGAGAGAUCUGAUCUUCAAUUAAUUUCUUGACACCGUCCUUUUCGUCGCAUAAUAUAGAGAAUAUUUCAAUCACCAUGAUGAGCGAUCAUCGCUUUCCAUAUGAUUAUAACGCAGUAAACAUGAUACAUUGACAAUUUGUGACUUCUAUUUAUUUCUCGUAGAAAUAUUAUACGACGUUUGUUUAUACUUCUUCCCUUUCUCACUCGGGAAUAGAAACAUCUAAUAUAUAUAUAUAAAAAAAAAAAAAAAAACGAGAGUGUAUGUGAUUUUAGUUCUCGCGCAAUCGUUUAAAACGUUUUUCUCGUUGUUCGCGAGAAUGGCCGCAAAAAAUUUAUAAGAGAACAUGGUGGAAUAACACGGUGCGAAAUCUUCGAUAAUCGGACGAAUUGCUGUGACGUCCUAUUCACAGAUCGGAAGAUACCUAGUGAUUGAAUGUGCGAUAUCGAGAAAAACUACGAUUGGGCCGUCGUCAUUGAUCUCGAAACGUUUUUCUUUCUUCACAUCUCGCAGAAUUUCAGUGACGUCAAAAAGACCGAUCCUCAUCGGGAUAUCGUUUUCUAACUUAGAAUGAGCUUGUAAACGGAUCAGCAUCGGAAAAUAACACCAGAUACAAGUGAAAUGCACGGCUGAAUAAUGUACCGUGAGGCGGUGAUCUCGCGCUAUCAUUGUUAUGACAUAGCCCGAGGGAAAGGAUGUAGUACGGCAAAGGAAAAUAGAAGAUACGGAACGCUCAAAAAGGUACAUGAACAGAUCACUGGCAUUUCGCUUUGGCAUCGUAAAAACGCACGGCUACAAUAAGAAACAGAAGUGGAGACGGACACGUGUGCGGAAGGAUACGCGGUCCAUAUCCGGCCCGCCAUCCUGGCGGCAUGGUCCUUUGGGCCACAAUACUAUUCCUCCAAGGAGCUGGAUUCGUAGGCUCGGUGACAGGCAUUCCCGGUGUCCCGGAAAACAUAACGGUAAUGUUCCUGAAUCCGACGUCUGUACGUGUCUCUUGGAGCACCAGCCAGGUUGAGCAGGUCGAGAAAUACGACGUCACAUACAAGCCAACCGACGCCAGGUCACAUACAAACACGGAUAAGAUUCACGAAAGUUACAGGGUGGUGGCGGUGGUCGCAGGAAAUAGCGAAGCGGUCACCUUGAGCAACCUUCGAGCUGAUACGCAAUAUCAGCUGGUCGUAACCGCCGUGAGAGCCGGAAAGAAGUUUCGAAGUCGACCGAUCGUCUUCCGCACACUCGGUAAGCUUUGCCUUCCUAAGCUUUACCUGUCUCCGGCAUCACGGUCACACGUGACAGAGCCACCACGCACGUCUCCACAGCAAGAUGCAGCGGUAACUGGUGGCCCCCUUCCUCCACCUCCACCGUCCUCACAACAACCUCAACCGUAUAUACAAAUUCGCGGCGUCGAGGUGGGCAUAGUAGUGUUAGUGCUGAUAGUUUGGGCGGGUGCGAUAGCGCUGUUCUUCAAUCGCUGGGGCAAGAUCCGGAUGCUGCUGCCUUAUCAGCCCGACUACAAGGAGCAGUUGAAGGUUCCCGGCACGGGUGUGUGCACGGCCGCGAACUCCGCGUAUACGCAACAUCCAACGCAACACGCGUGCUCUCAGCAUCUGCACUGGUCGAGCCAUCAUGUGGACUCCUUAGACAGCGGUGGAGCUUUAGGCUGGCCGAGAACCUCGAGGCCGCGCGUCAACAGUGCCAUCGACGUGGCCGGCUUCCUAUCGCAGGAAUUUCUGCGACGCCACGGGUCCACGUCCAAAUUGUGUCGUAAGGUUCGCAGUGCAGAUAACUUACCUCUAGUGUCGACGAAUCGCCAACACAAUCAACGAAGAAAUUCCAGGGACGACGGUAUCGAAGGCGACCGGGAAUCAUUCUUGAAACCAAGUCAGGACGAGAAAUCUGACGACCUAGAAUCAAAAAGGCAGAGUAGUCUCGAGAGUGCAACGAAAGACAAUAUGGAAGCGCUGUUGGAUCCCGGUUGUCAACAGCCUUCUUCAAGAGAUUCCCCGGUGGCAUCUUCGUCGUUGGUCGCCAAACGUUUCGGAGGAUGGCGUACCAGCGGAAACCAUGAUUAUGUCAGAUGCCCCAUGCGACAACCUGCUUCCAUGGACGAGCGGUAUUAUCGGCGAUAUGAAUCCGAACCCCCUCGUCCGAUACGGUAUCAUCACUAUCAUCGACGCACGGACGCCGAUCGGCAUUCGAAGAGCUGCGACUAUGCAAAGCGAGGAACCACAGAGUCGAGCAUCGAGGUACAACACUUCGGUUUACCGAUCCUCAGCGUGAGUGAGCCGAGUCCACCGGACGAGAACGAGCGCGUCGAUGACUAUUUGUAGGAUUUGCUUGCCGAGGACUCCCUCAAGGAACUCCUCGUGUAACUCGCCCGGUCAAUUUUCUCAUCCCGAUCCGAUCUCCUUAAAAUCGCGCGGAACUGCGAGUCGCGAUCACCCGGAUAUUUUACUCUCCCUCGAACGUUCGCUGUAUCUCGUCGAUAUAGCAAUCGCUCUGCGAUAAUAUAUACUAUACGUUGCUGCGUUCUUCAGGAAAUCGUAAUGGAAAUAAAAUAAUCCGUGUAAAACGAGAGCGAGAAUUUCCUGAUCGCAUGCAAUCUCCUCUAUCUCUAUUCGUUGUAAGCGAUAUUCUUUCAUGCGUAUCAUUUUAGAAGAGAUCAUAAAUAUAUAUUUGCUACUUGUCUGAUAGAAACCGCGAAGCUACGAGAAAUAUUCGCAUUUGGUCCAGACUUAUUCCUCGGCAUGGUUUGGAAUGAUACACACAAUGCUAAUAUCAGUUACUUCUCGAUAUAAUGACUUGUAUUCAUUAAAAUAUAUUUUUUCCAUGGAAAAUUUCCUAGUGAAUUAUAUUAUAUAACGUGAAAAAAACAUAAUAUUUAAGUCUCUAUCUUUUAUAUUAUAAAAAAUAUAUCGAGAAAAAAAUUAAGUCCGAACCAAAUUUGACUAUCUUUUGUAUCAUAUAUUUCUAGGAAGUACGUGACUUGGUGAAUAAUUUCGUUAUUUCGAUAUCCCUAAUAUUAUUAAUUUAUAUUACUAAUAAUUAUAAAUUAAUAUUAAUUUGAGAGAAUUUGCCCUCUCUUAUUUUGGAAUCUAAAAUUAUAAUCGAGUUUGCUGCUCACGUAUUAUCUUAAUAUCUUGUGAAUAUUUUGAUGUAGCGUGCGAUAUAAGAGUUAUACUCGAAAAGAGAAAAUACUUGAGGUUGCUUAUUUAUAAGUUUACAGUUACAAUUCUUCUGUAUGCACGAACAAGUGCGUAAUAAUGUAUCUAUAUGUCUCCUUCCAUUCUUUGCACAUCUCUGAUUUUCACAAUAUAACGUCACAUUUUCUUGUCUCAAUGCAUAGAAAACAGCAUUUUCUCUCUUAUGUGCUCGCUAUUAUCAAGAUACACCAUAUCAAUAAGUGAAUUGAAUCAUUUUAAUUUAAUUGAAGCCAUAUCCAGACAUGUAUUAAAAAAAGAUGUUCAUUUUUUAACUACAUGCUUAGUUUUUGAAUUGCUGAUAUAAGUUUCAACAUAUCCAGAUAUUUCUACAAAAUCUAUAAAAACGUGUCAUAAAACUUUCUAUUUUACGAAAUUAUGUGAAAUAUUAUGUAAUAUAUAUUAUGUGUUUAAUACCAAACAGAAGCGAAUUAUUAAACUAGCAAUAUAUGUCGCAAUUUAAUUAGUAAAUAUGGAACAAACAUUACCGCAAUAUAUUUAUA